AUGCACCGAACCCGAACUCGGGUUCGGAGUUCAGACCGAACGGUUCGGGGUUCGGGUUCGGGUUCGGGUUCGGUCUUAGGGUUCGGUGUCAGGGUUCGGGUUCGGGGUUCGGGUUCGGGUUCGGGUUCGGUCUUAGGGUUCGGUGUAAGGGUUCGGGUUCGGAGUUCGGGUUCGGGUUCGGGUUCGGGUUCGGGUUCGGGUUCGGGUUCGCGUUCGGGUUCGGGUUCGAGUUCGGGUUCGGGUUCGGGUUCGGGUUCGGGUUGA